AUGUCCUCAUCCCCCAUUUACAUCAAAAUUCGUGUUAAUGACCAACCAACUGAAGCAAUUGUUGAUACAGGAUCCGCCAUCUCCAUUAUUCAUUUAAAUUUUCUAAAAACUAUUCAACACAACAAAUUUACUUAUACAACCCGUAAAUGUCAAACAGCAAAUUCAACUCCUCUCAAAAUUAUCGGACAAAUUGAAUUAGAAAUUCAAAUUAAACAUAUUAAAACUUAUGUCAUUGCUUAUGUUGCAACAAACUUAAUUACAUCAAUUCUUUUAGGCAAUGACUGGAUCAAUUCUAAUCAUGUUCAUCUUUUUGGCGAUCAAAAUUAUUUAACUAUUCCUGAUCAAUAUGGUCAUUUAACUCAAAUUUCGUACACCGAACCGCCUUCCAUUAACUAUCCUGCUAUAUUAGUCAAUCAAAUUACUCUUCCUCCUUAUUCACAAACAUUAGUUGAUAUUACUUCUCAAGUUAGUAAUGCCAACAAUUUAAUAUUCGAACCUUAUGAUCGUUAUAUUUCAAAAUUUAUGUUUAUACCAUACACGUUAUUAAAUGUUCAUAAUCAUCAAGCAAAAAUUUUACUGAUAAAUGCCCAAAAUCGACAACAAACAUUAUCAAAAAAUACGCGCAUUGGAACCAUAUCAUAUGAUACAACAUUCUCCAUAUGUACUACAAUACAAGAUUCGACAAAAUCCAAAUCGCUGCUAAAUCAUCAACCAUUACGAAGGUCAAAAAAUUUUAAAACAAGAGCUAUCUCAUACAGUAAAGAUAACUCGGAUCAAAUUAUACGGAAUAAUCGUUGCCAUCACUGUAAUGAAUAUUUUUUAUCUGGAAAUGAUUUACAAAAGCAUUUACGUGCACAAUGUUAUUCAGCUCAGAUUCGAAAACAAAUAAUCGAAUCGAUUGCUCAUAUAGAAAAUCCGAAACAUCAAUUAGCAAUUCAAGAUAUAUUAUGGCGAAAUAAAAUAUUAUUUGAUCCUACACCGUCAAUUAUUAAUAUACCUCCACAAUCUGCUAUUAAAACUGGUGAUCAUCCACCUCUUUAUUCAAAACAAUAUCCUGCAUCUGACAAGGAUCAACAAAUUAAAUUUCAAGAAACACAGAAAUUAUUAGAACGUGGUCAAAUUGAAGAAUCAACUUCUCCAUGGUCAUCACCUAUUGUUCUUGUUAAGAAGAAAGACAAAACUAUGCGAUUCUGUAUUGAUUAUCGUCGAUUAAAUGCUAUUACGAUUAAAGAUGCAUUUCCACUUCCUCGAAUUGAUGAAAUUUUUGAUCAAUUAUCUGAUGCAAUGUAUUAUACAAAAUUUGAUUUUAAAUCUGGAUAUUUCCAGGUUCCUCUAUCUAAAGAGGACCGACCAAAAACGGCUUUCUCCACACGAGACAAUCAUUAUCAAUUUACAGUUCUUCCUCAAGGAAUAACAAACGGUCCAGCAACAUUUCAACGUGUUAUUAACCAUAUAUUAGGUCCUACACGAUGGAAAUAUGCAUUAGCAUAUAUUGAUGAUAUAAUUAUAUAUUCAAAAACAUUCGAAGAACAUUUAUCACAUCUCAAUGAAAUUUGUCAAAUAUUAAAAAAUGCUCGAUUUCGUCUUAAUCCAGAAAAAUGUGAAAUAGCUCGAACUCAAACAGAUUAUCUUGGUCACAAUAUUAAAAAUGGUGAAAUUCGUCCAAGUGCAAACAAUAUCAAUGGUUUAUUAAAUACACGAUUACCACAAACUGCAGAUGAAGCUUGCAAAUUCGUUAAAGCAGCUGAAUAUUAUAGAAAAUUCAUACCAAAUUUUUCUCAAAUAGCCGAACCACUUCGAAAAUUCGUUCCGACUACAAGAACUCAACGAAAAAAAGGACAAAAAACCAUUAUUACAUUAACAAAUGAAGAAAUCAAAGCCUU